AUGAAACGGGCCCAGAAGAAGUGCAAUUCCAACUAUGCUCUCCUUGAUGGUCUGGUUAACACUAUGUUGAUGGAUUUGGAGCUGAUGCAGAAGGGAAGACGGGUGUAUAGAACAACAACACAUGUACCACGGGAAUUGGGACAGAUCAUGGAUUCAGAAACAUUUGAAAAAUCUCGUCUGUAUCAGCUGGACAAAAGUACUUUCAGCUUUUGGUCAGGCCUGUAUUCAGAGGUUGAGGGCACUAUGAUUCUCCUUUGUGGAGGAAUUCCUUUUCUCUGGAAUCUGUCUGGUCAGAUCUCUGGUCGUGCUGGGUUUGGACCAGAAUAUGAGAUUGUUCAGUCAUUGGUAUUUCUGCUGCUCGCAACACUCUUCAGUGCAGUGACUGGUCUCCCAUGGAGUUUAUAUAACACAUUUGUCAUAGAAGAGAAACAUGGCUUCAAUCAACAGACACUGGGAUUUUUUUUUAAGGAUGCUAUCAAGAAGUUUAUCGUGACCCAGUGUAUUCUGUUGCCAGUGACAUCCCUUCUGCUUUACAUUAUUAAAAUAGGAGGAGACUACUUCUUCAUCUAUGCCUGGCUCUUCACAUUAGUUGUUUCCUUG